CGCAAAAUUUCGAAUCCGUUUUCGAGACAUUUAAAAAUCGAAUUUUAAUACAAUUUUUCCGCGAUCGAUGUCACUAGUAUCACUUAACCAUUAGGGGCACCAGACGUCACAUGAUAAGAACGGGUGUGUGUGCUUUCCUUCCAAUCUCUACGUGAAAUGUUCUUAUUUUAAAAUAUCACAGAUACCUGUGACCAACGUAUGCUUUAGACCCGUUGAUAUAAAUUCGUUUUAAUUCCAACGUUUCUCUCGAGUAUCGUGUACAACGACGGAACGAAAAACACCGCGAUGAGAUACGUUUUGGGCACUACUUUUGCAUCCACUGCCUCCGCUACAAUUCUAGUAUUAGUAUUGUACCAUGUAUUUACUGGAAAAGGAGAACGUGUUAGCAUUGCAUGGUUUUUGGAAAGUUCAUCGCCGUAUAUGUGGGCAACCCUUGGCAUCGGACUAGCGGUUGCUUUGUCCGUAGUUGGUGCUGCGUUAGGUAUUCAUACGACCGGAGUCUCCAUUGUCGGAGGCGGUGUAAAAGCACCGAGGAUCAAAACGAAGAAUUUAAUUUCUGUUAUAUUUUGCGAAGCUGUUGCUAUCUAUGGUUUGAUCACAGCCAUCGUUUUGUCGGGAAUGUUGGAAGAAUUUAAUUACAACGAACCAGCUUUAAGGGACGAAAUUCGUAAUCAGAACUGGCUAGCUGGAUAUUUAAUGUUCGGAGCUGGUUUAGCUGUCGGUCUCGUUAAUCUGUUUUGCGGUAUAGCUGUUGGAAUUGUUGGUUCCGGAGCAGCUCUCUCCGACGCAGCCAAUUCCGCUCUGUUUGUAAAAAUUCUCAUAGUCGAAAUCUUUGGCUCUGCUAUCGGGCUCUUUGGAUUAAUCGUUGGAAUUUAUAUGACGUCUAAAGUAAAAAUGGGAAAUAAGGUAUAAAUUUAGGAUUAGAAGCAGCACUACAAACAACCAUAAAGUAUUUUUUGGAAUCACAAAGUUCCAUUCCAUGUUUAGUAAUCAUUAAAAGAAAAAGGAAAGUAGGUAGAAGGAAUACGUAGUAUAACCGUUCUGUUCAAAACCGAUGUAAAAAAAAAAAAAUUGUUUCUCACGCCAAGGUCAGUACAUCUUUGUUUCGAACAACUGUAAUUUUGAUACAAAUAGAGUUGAACUCGAAUAGUUGUUCAACUAUUUUUUAGUAGU